AUUAUUAACGGGUGGCAUUUGAAAUGGUUUUGCAAAGACACGUAGUUGAGAUGCUAUGUGCAUCCCACUCUUCGUAGAACACCCGGGAACGCCACUGAAGAACCGGAGCCGUGGACUGAAGGUGCAGGUUCAUUUUGAUGAUGGAUAAAGAAGCAACUGGUAAAUCAUUGACCAUUUUUGCCUCAAAUGCUGUUAAAGGGCAUAUGAAGAGGAGGGAUGGAACAUCACAAGCUGCAAAAUGGAAUGCUUCUUUAGCAACUAAAAUAAAAACUAAAUUACUGAGUAAGUCCUGUUAAAAGUGAAGCCAUCUACUGCACUUAGCAAAAGGAAUAGUAAUUGUACGUAAUGUGAUUUGCUACAUUGUUGCCUGUUAAAAAUAUUAAUGUGAAACGUUGACAUUUUUAGGAGAGUCAGUAAGUUAAAACACAAAAAAGUAAGUUAUUUAUCUAAUUCUCUGAAUAUUUUCAGUGCUUGCUUUUUGGCAUGCCAGUGUUUUUUAAAAGAGUGUACUCAGGUGCAUUUCUAACAUCCAUGUCCAUGCCCAUUUGGGGCAUCGAAAAACUGAGGUAUCAAAAUGAGUAAAAUCAAUUACCUUUAAAGAGUACAGUUGCCAUAGUAAAAUAUCUAGUAGUCUCAUUUGCAAAAUAGGAUUUAUAUAAGAUUCUUCAUGGACUUAUUCACUGAAACAAGGAAAACUGCAGAUAUUAUUCUGCUGAUUUAAUCAUUUGCCAGAAGGUACUUUGUUUUCUCGGUAAGUCAGGAUUAAUUUCAAACAUAAUUUGUCAUGGUAGAUGGUUGGGGUUUGUUUCUGCCUCUGACAGAAACAACACUAUGGAACAUCUCAGAUCCUCUUCUGCAAAAGGUACUAUAAAUGCAGCAAAUCACCGCUAUUUCAGACUUUCCCAAUUCAGGCGGCAUGGUUAAGGGAAUGUUGACUUCUGCUUCUCUUUCUCUCAUCAGUGAGGCAAGAAUUUUUUGUUGUUUGUAUAUAUGUAUUUUGUGUGUGUGUGUGUAUAUAUAUACUUGAACUUACUGUGGCUUUAUGUCAAAAAUACUAAUUUUCAGUGAAAAAUAAACAGUACAGGUGAAUAAUGGUGCCCUUUAGAAACCUCUGCACUGCAAUAAUACAAAUAAUUCACUUUAAUUUUAAAUCACGUUUGGAUUAACAAAGUUCCGCUGUUGUUGCCUGUUUCCUAAACCAAAGAAAUAAGGCCUUGCAAAUUUUGCAUUACAGAACAUGAAAGUAAUAACAUAAGACAAUGAAGAGAUGUAAUUGGAGCUAACCUUGCUUCUUUUUGUACUAUAAAAGAAUAUAGUCAGACUUGUCUCUACCUGGAGUUCAAGUUAACUCUGUGGAUACUAUGAAUGUGAGGCAUAAAAAAUCAUCCUGGUAAUAUGCAGUGUCACUGGCAGGGCGGGGAGGGGGGAAGAAAAAAGUUCCUAAAACAUUCUGUAACAGAUACUAGUAGGCAGGUUUACGUUAGGACGGUGGAGGGUAUAUUUCUAAUUUAAAACUGUUUUCUUUCUGUUGUCAAAUCUCACAUUUAUUCUCAACAUUUUUGAACUUUUAAAUUUGUAAAACCUGUAUUUGUAUGUUAUAAAUUUGAUAGCAUUUUUAUGCCUGUGAUACUAUCAGUUUUUAAAUGCUUUCUUCUUAAAAUAACCUUAUUUUAAAAAAUCCAGACUAGAGCAGAAUCUGUGCAUAAAAUUAACUUGAACAUGAAACCAACCAAGUAGUCAUCAGAAUGAUAGCCAACAGAAACAGUAUUAUAUCAGAAAGUGUUAGGCUUCGAUAUUGUUCCACCAAAACCUACAGAUAAAAAUGUUAUAUAGUGAUAGUUCAUGCAGAGAGGGCCUGGAUUUAAAGCUAUUGAAAAUAAUAUAAUUUUGUCUCCUUUAGAUAACUCAUCUAUGUUUAAAGUAUCUUUAAAACAAAAUAAUAAAGCAUUAGCUGUGGCUUUGAGUGUGGAGAAAGAAAAAUCUCAGAAGCUGAAGAAUGAGAAGAUUUUUCUUCAGAGGGAAGUAGAAGAGCUGCAGCUUCAUAAUAUCUUGCUUCGUCGAAAACUGAACUGUUUGGUAUGCUGCAAAUAACAUUCAAACUUAGAUCAACUCAACCAAGCUUUUAUGUAUUUUGGAAACUUAAUAUUGCAUCUUAAAAUGGUGAUUCAAAAUAUACAACUCAGAUUGUGAGUUAUAUCGUCUGAUAGCAUAUUAUUUAUGUUUGAUUUUUCUUUCAUAGGGUUUUUCUGUGCUUACCAUUUUGUCCAUCAGUGUAUAUGUCUAUCCACAGCUAUUUUAGUGUCAGCAUCUCUAUUAUAGUGAGAUGGUAUUAAAAAUCAGUUUGUGCUCAGUAGAGUGUAAAAAAAAAAUAAAUUUAAAGCAUGGAUUCACCUUUAUAUUUUGUCUUUUCUUCAGGCAGAAGCCACAUAAAAUAUAUUUUGUUAAUUACUUUUUCUUUUGCAUGCAGAAUACAAUUCUUAUAGAAAUAGAAACGUUUUUGAAUGCUAACCUCUUAACUGCAAUAGAAAUAAGCAGUCUUUCUGAGGUAAGACUUUUUUUGAACUAUUAACAUAUUGAACUCAUUUUCCAGGGUUAUAUUUUCAAGGCAUCUAAAUGAGUACAAUGUUGCAAUCAUUUAUGCAUUUUAAAACAUUUACCCCAAGUCUUUUAAACUUGGGAUGAAACCCUAGUGAAAUCAAUUAAAUUUUGCUGUUCCUUGCACUAAAAAUUUAUGAUUUAAUCUUGUUUAGGAAGUAUCUAAAAGUUAAAUAUCUGAUAGCCCUGAUGACUUCAUGUGGUUAAAAAAAAAAAAAGUACAAUAUGUCAGUAUGUGGUAUUCUUCGCCAAUGAGCAAGCUGCUUGCCUUCCUUACUUAGUGCUACAAUAAAUAUCUUGCAUGUGGAAACUAUACCAGAAAACGUAGUCCAUGUUAGUCCUUGUGUCAUGGCAAAAUUACAGUUAAUUUUUAAAAACAGUAUUAUUUUUAUUGUCCAUUCUAAACAGUUGCUUAGUGUUGCUCUGUGCUUCUAUGUGUAUAAUGCAGUUUACAUUAGUUAUAGCUACAUUUUAAAAGUCUGUAUGUUACACUUCGAUGCAUUAUGUUACAGAUUUUGAUAAGUUUUGCUACAGAAUAUUUUGUAUGUGUUUGAAUAUCAUGCACCUUUCAUCAGUACUUCUGGUUUUUGCCCAUUUAUGAUUUUUUUCCUGUGGAUAUUUACACUACUUAAAACAUAAGAGAAUAUUCAGCUGUUUCUACUUCCCCACUGUUCUUUUGAAAGAAUCUUCAGAGUCCUUUUCCUCUGUCAGCUGGUUCAAGUAGCUCUACUGAUGACCAGUUCAAGAGUACAUAUCAGUCUGCUAGAAAAUCAAUUAUGCACAGAACUAACUUGCAAUAAUGCCUUCCUGACUCGUGUCAAAAAUACACAAUCUCUAAGACAGUCUGAGGAGCUUACAAAACAAUGUAAUAAUAGUUCAUUGCCAUUCUGUGGAAAAGUGACUGAAAGAAAGAAACAUGCAGUACUUCCUAAGUCAAAAACUCAACCUAAUAUAAAAGAUUUUGAUGAAAAAUGUAGCUCAAAUAAUUUGCCUCAUCAUGGUGUCAACAGUGUCAACACCAACGACAUGGUUUUGCAGAAAAGUUCAAGUGACUUCGCUCACGUUAUUCCUUCACCUGUUAAAUUCAGCAAUGAAAGUAUCAUAGAUUUUAAGAAGCUGCUUUUUACUGACAAGAUGAAGCCUGAAGAAACUGUUUAUGAUGCUGAUAUGGAGCUGACUGCCAGUGAUGCAGGCGAACUACUCACAGUUACAGCAAAACACACAGGUAAAUUACACCAAAAUAAAAAGAGUAAUGCCAAUUCAGAUAAAAUAUUAGCAAAUUUUAGAAAAGUAAAAUGUUCAAAGAAGGAUAAAGAGAAAACUAAAAGUAAGACUGAAGUCAGUUCAAUUUUCUAUGCAGAAGAAAGGCAAAGUAGGGCUGACAAUAGUGAAGUUUCAAAAACUACUGACUCACAAACUGAACUUUUCCAUAGUCAGACAGAACAGCUGCCUACCAGAAAUUCUGUAGGGAAGCAGAUUUUGCUAAAUACCAGCAAAUAUUAUCAACCACAACACUGUCCACAUAAAGCUAAAGAUACUCGGAGGACAUACAAGGUUACCUUCAUAAGUACAGGAAAACAGAAGACAAAUAAAGAAACCUUCUCAGAAACAUUUGAAGACACGGAAAGCAAAGCACAAAAAGCAGACUCAAACUCAUCUAUCCACAAGAUCCCACCAGAAGUUUAUUAUGGUGAAAAUGUACCAUUCCAACAUAAUACUCCUAAUAUAUUGCCUUCACAGUGGGACUUUCUGCAUACAAAUGAGAAACAUAGACGAAAAAUAAACAGGAAAACCUUAAAAAACCCUUCUAAAAUGAACACAGCAAAGUACUGUAGAAAGGAAAAUGGGCAGUGUGGAAAAUAUAUUUCCAAAAGGUCUCAAACAGAGAUACACCAACAUAACAACAAGAGAAAACAAGACCAGAAGAAUAUUACAAAGAUAAAAUACAACAAAAAAGGUAGUUACAAACAAAGUGGAGAAACUGAACAUGACAGCAUUCAUAAAAUUACUUGCAAAGCAGACAAAAAGAGUAGCCAUCUUUCACCAGGCAGAUUAAAACAUACAUUGGCAAAGGCUAGCCAGAAAACAUAUGUAAUACCAAAAGAAAAUUUUACACAGUUCUCACCUUGUAAAAGUGAAGAAUUAAAAAAUAAGGAUACAUUUCAUGCAGAGACUAUUCAUGGAAAUAAAAUAACUGAAACUUGGCAAAUGCAGGUAGCUUUAGUGACUCAGAAUGUUAUAGCUAUGAAUACACCACAAGCUAAAGAACAAGUCAGUGAUAAUGGUAGUAUGUUAAAGAAAAUAGAUUCCUCAUCAGUGGCACAUAAACCCCUUAACUUCAGUAAUUCUCCUGAUAAUCAGGUAAAGCACAAACAGAAAUUUGGUUCUGAUAUUACUGAGACCACACCAGAAAAAAAUCAUUUCAGGCAUAUUGAUCAGGGUGGGCAGACUAUUUUGGAUAACGAGGAAGUCCCUCAUGAAACAGAUUCCCUUAUGAGCAAGUUAAAGUCUACAGUUCAAAAAUCAGAAAAUUUAAAAUUCUUACCAGUCCAGUGUUCCAAGCGUAUGCCACUAAAUGUAGAUAGCUUUUCCCAAGAAGGUCUUUCCAAUGUGAAGCUCCCAGAUCUUGAUAACCAUGAUGCUUCCAUGAACUUCUCUAUACUGAAAAACUCUGAAAUAUGUGAGGGAAAUGAUCAUCGUAAAGCACUGGAUUCUGGAAAAGCAGAACAAAAACUGGAUCAUAUUUCUAAAGAGACUAACAAAAAGACUCUGACACCUUGUCAUGGUAAGUGUACGGGUGUGCCUGAAACAGUGGUAAGGUAUCUUCUUUUAAUACUAUCCUACUAUUAUUGCUUGCUUAGAGUGAUGAAACAGGAGUGGAAAAAGGUAAGACUGAAAAUGACUAAGAUUAUUCAUAUUCUAUAUCAUAUAUCAGUCACUGUAUCAUUUUUAAUUGUAACUAAUAUCGUUGUUACUUUCCAGUACAUUUCAAGUUGACAUUUAUUUGGACAGAUGUAAAUAGUCUACAUUCUGAGGAGCAAUUAUAGUUGUAGCGUUUAUUUGUUUUUCAAAGAAUGUGAUGGAAUUCAUGAAGUUGGGGAUAGAAAAGAUACAAUAGCUUGAGCUUUUAUAGCAGAAAAAAAAGAGCAAACUACACUGAUCUUUCAUAAAUGGAGAACAUAGCUGGACUUAAAGAUUUCAUUUGUAUUUCUUUAGAAACACUGCAAUUCAACAGGAAUCCUGAGAUCUAAAAAAAGUACUUUGAGCAGGUUUUCUCUAGAAUCUGUCCAUGAGCAAACUUUCAUGUGACAACCUCUUUUUUGGAGGAAGAUACAUUAAAUUAAGAAAAUAAUCAAACUUUAGUGUAGUCUGGAAGAUAAGUUUAGAGUCUUCUAUCAUACAAUGAAAUUACUGUAAAGGAGCUAAAGGAAUAUAUGACUAACACAUCUAUGCAACAGUUUAAAUAUGCUUUAGAAUGUAACUUUGAAGUUUUGUAGCAUGAGAAAUCUAUUUUGUAAACACGUUUAUUCUCAACAAGUUCCUAUUUACUUCAUUGUCUCUGUCCCAACACCUAGACUAGUUUUCUAGUUCAAGUUAAUACUUUGAAUCACAAACUAUCAAGCAAAUACUGCCUUGGCUUAAUUUGAAUCUAGGACACAAUGGCCAAAAAAAUCUCCUCUUUUACAUGACAACGGAAUAGACAUGCUGGCAGAAUUAGACCAUUGUGUGAGGUAUCACUCCUGGUAAUUUGCAUUUGCAUCUUUUAAUUUUCAGUUUCUUCUUUGGAAGAUAGUAAAAGGAUCCCAUAGUUUUAUUGGCUUUAAUGAUAAAUCAGUAAACCCUUAUGAUCAGUAUCGAAGAUUACUGACAUAAAAAGCAAGCUAAUCAUUUGAUCUUCAUCCAUUUAGUUCAAAAAGCUGUUCAGUUUUGUAUCCUACAUCCAAAUCUGUACCUUGAAUUAAAAGAAAGCAAGGAAAUGACAUCUUUUCUGAUAAUACCAGCUCCUCUGAUCACUACCUUGAGCUGUACUAAGAAAUACACCUGAAAGUCUACUGUAAUUAAAGUCUCUAUAUAGUUAGAUCUAUGUGAACAUAAAUAUUCACACUCAAAGGCAUCCAACUUUCCUAAAUAAUGCGGUGUCAUAGAUGUCUCAAAACUCUUACUGCUUAAAGGGAAGCUGACCUGAUCUCUAACCUUAAGCUUUAGGGAAAGCUCAGAAUAACAGUUUACUUUCACUUUAAAAUUAGUACAAAUCAAGAUUGAUUUGUGAGGCAGCCAGACUUAGGAGGUUUUUUGUGAUUGGAGAGCCCUCUCGUUUAAAGCAAAUUAGGUCUUCCAAGGGACUUGUUGCAAGCAGCCCAAAGUCACCUUAAUAUGUCUCUUGUAAGUAAAGUUAGCAGAAAUCCAGUGAAGAACCUCUGACUUUAUGUCUCUGCCAACACAUUUCAGAAGACGAUGAAACUGAGUCCUACCGACUGAGACAUUUCACUUGAUCUCAGCACAGAAUUCUACUGCAGGGCAAUAGUAACUCAGCACUAUCAGCUUGACUAUGAUUUAAGAGUGUGUAUGCUAGACUGUGCAAAUUGACAGGUAUGUAAAGUGAUAUAAUUUAUUAGUCUCAAGACAGACACAACAAAAAAUUCAUCAUUUAUCCCAUAUGCCUGUGAAUUUCCUUCAUGAGAUCAAUAGCUUCCUUUUGCUGCCACAGAGGACCUAAGGUAAAGCAUUCAAACUCAAAAAGUAAAGGUAAGAGUUUUAAAUUCAGUUCCUUUGUAAAAUUACAUUUUACAUGUUCUCAUGUUCUCAUCUGGAUGCAGUAGUUCUAAAACUUGACCUGUAUCAGUGAGGAAUGUACAUUCUUGGAAGAAUAUACAAGGAAUACAGAUUAAGAUUAUGUAUUUCAUCUUGGAUUGCUGUCUGCAUUAAAUUAUAGUGCUUUUCAGAAAGACUAUGAUCUAUUAACGGUUUAGAACUUUUUGAAAUGUGUGUUAAAUAAUAAUUUCAGUAUUUCUCCCAAGUUAUCAAAAUAUUUGUCUACAAAUUAAAUAUUGAUUGUUUGGUCUGGCAUUCAGAAUUUGUUUUAAAGGAUUAUAGAAAGCUGACAUAAACAGUACUUCUGCCAAGGCUGGUUACUUUUUUUUAUGGAGUAUUCUGCUUGGACACAGUCAGUGGUUCAAAACACAAGGCACUGUAAAUACUUUGGUGGUAUGCAGUUUUGAAGAGAGGGAAGCUCACUGAAUCACCUUGCUAUGCUCAGUUUAUGCACAUAUGCCCAAAGAGGAGGCAUAAAGUUGGAAAAUGCAGUACUUGAGAACUGUUAUACAGGUUGAAUAUUCAGAUUAUAUAUGUAUGCCCUUCCCCUGCAUCCCAUUUUUUAUUGAGCAUCUUUAGAGUAGGAGCAGAAAGAAAGUACCUGAAUAAAGAAAUACUGAUUAUGAAUUGAAAGUUCACUUAAUGAUUCAGAAGAUAUUUUAAAUAAGGCAUAUAAACUACUGUGUUCACAGGGAGAAAGGCUUUGCAAGAUCUGAGAAAUACUAGUACAGGAUCUCACACUUCCCUACCUAAAUACCCCAAAGCUUUAGAAGAAAACUUGGCAGCACCAACUAGACGAGGAAAAGCCACUGUUUGCUACAAAGAACCCAAUCUAAACCGGUAGGUAUACAUAAAUCAGGGCUUUUGUUUGUUUGUUGGAGUACAUAACUAUCUAUCCUCAGUAAAGAUUUGCUAUUAAAACACCCACCCAAAUAAACAGUUCAACUAUCUCUUUUGCAAAGAUACUUCAGUGUUGAUAUAAAACAUUUCCUGUUAGCGUGGCAGGCUUUCCAAGUGCCAAAAACACAAACAGUACUCAAGUCUCAAAAUUCAAAUAUAGCAUAUAAUAUAACAUUUCAUACUAGUAGUGAAUAAUAGUGAAUUCUUAAUGUUUAACAUGAUAUAAACCCCUUUAGAGGUGGAUAAUUGUACAUGUUACAUUUAAAUGUAAACUUCUACCACAUUAAUUUCCUUGUAAUAUUGUCGAGUGGCAAGAUAAUUUGUGCACUAAUAUUAUAGAAUUCAGUUGUUUUGCUUUAACUAGCUGUAUCUAAUAAAGGAAAUAAUUUCAGUUUAAGAUAUAUUAAUUUAAUAAUUAGUUAUUUACCUCUCAGUGUUUCUUGCUAAUUUAGUGGCACGGGAUUUCCAAGAUUGUUAAAAGACAAGACAUAAAUUUGUGUAAUAAUUAUUAAAAUUUAAAAUACAAUUUUAAAGCCAAGCUACUAUUAAGAAAACUAAUACAUUUGCAUUUAGGUGAAUAGUUCUAAAUCCCAAUGGACCUUUAAGUUGGUAACUUCUGAAAAUAUUCUGAGAGGUUUUUGCCACAAAGUUGUUUGGGUUUUUUUUGUUUGGGUGUUGGGUUUUUGUUAAGUAUAAUAUUAAUCUAAAGAAAAUUUAUGCUGUGUUGUGUGUAUUAGUAGAAUGCAUAUUAAUGAGUUAAAGAUGGUAUAAAGAUUUCCCCCUAAUAGUGUUGAGAGUGAAAGGAUUAUAGCAACUUAAUUUAUGACAAAAGUGUAAAAGGAGUGUCUUCCUUUUCUGAUAAAACUGUGAGAGGAAAAGAAAAUAAAUCCACAGACUGAAAAAUUUAGCAGUGUUCUCAUAUACCCUCAAAACAUUUUUGUGUACCUCUGUAAGUAAGCAAACAAUUAAUUGAAGCAAUGCAACUGAAAAUAAAUAGGAGCUAAAAGUAAUGUAGGAAGUGGAUUUUCACAUUACCACUGUUUUUUCAGAACUAUUUAUGCUAGAUAGCUUGUAAAAGAAAUGCAAAGAGAUCAGAAUUACAUUUUUCUUAUACAAAUUGAAUUGGAUGCCAAAAUGCUGUAUUACUAUGAUAUAGACACAUUCUCCUCUUACCCCACAAUGAUUGUGCAUUUCUGGAGAGAGACAGUAACUAAUAACAGAAAAAAAGGUGGCUGUCACUCAAAAUUUUAGAUUAUUGUCUCCUAUUUAUAUUUUAUUUUCAAGUAUACUGUCCUAAAUUAAUGCUGUUAAGCUUUUGGUUUAAAUAAUUUUUGAGUUUUGUCUUACAGGAAUCAGUUACGAUUACUCAGAUAUUAAUAUGAUACAGGCCACAUAAAAAGACUACUUUUAACAUUAUUUUGGAAAACGGUAGUUAUCUAUGUCUUGCUAUUUCAGACAUUUAUUUUCUGUAACUUUAAUUCCUUUAGUGUAUCAAACUUCCAUUGAGUGUAUUUACCAUUUGGAAUUAUUAUAAUUACAUCAUUAUUACAAUUAUAGUUACAUAGGUGCUUGGUGAUUUUCACACAUGAUGUCUUUUAUUUCUUUUGUUUACAGCAAAUUAAGGCGUGGGGAUCCAUUUACAGAUACACAAUUUCUGGAUUCACCAGUCUAUAAAGUAAAAAAUAAAAUAAGUUUUAAAAGUAAACACAAAUUUAUUUGAAGAAGACAAGGCUAUUGUCUGUACAAACAAUACUUCUAAAAUGGGUACAAUCUUAAAUAUAUUUUUAUAUAUAUGUGUUUAGCAGUAUAGAGUAGUUACUGUUCUUUGAUUAGUAAAGGCCUUCCAAAGUGGAAUUUCCUGGAAAGGAGCCCCUACAUAAGGGACACAGAAACCUUUACUGAGGAAGGCAGAUACAGGUUAGGCUCUAUUCUUGUGGUUUGCAUUUCUGGUCAGUAAUUUAUAAAUGUUCAAAGGGUUUGCAGCACUUUUUAAUUUGUUAGAAAAUUGUACAGUUUAAUAAGAAUUAAAAAUAAAUCACCUUUGGGAAUUUUAUUGUGAGUUUUUCAUAAUUACCAUGAGUAGAACCAUUUCUCUGUGCUGCUUGGAACAGACACAAGCAUCCCAAAUUUUGAUAACUCUACUGAAAUAGAUACAGUCUCUUUUUCUUUUAUUUUCUUUUUUUUUUUCUUUGAUAGUUGACUUUUGGAUUUUACAGAAUCGUACUAAAAUUUGAGGAACAGUAGAGAGAAGUCUAGUGUCCAGAGCAUGUGCUAGAGGCAACCAGAAAGAAAAUAGCACUGCAAUAGAAAUUCAAUAGCAGAUAGGAUCCAUACAAAGCACCACCUUGAGAUUCCAGUUUAGAGAGUGCUAGUGUGGUAGCUAAUACAACCACAUCGUACCAUUUGGCUAUCGGGUUUUUGUACUGCUUCCCCUCUGGAUUCACAUGAAUCACUUCUGCAUUCCAUAAUGCGCUGUCAGCUGACAGUUUUCUGGCAUUUUCUGAAUCAUAGCUGCUGCUAGCUGCAGGCUAUAGCUCACAGUCAACAUAACUUUAGGUUAUAUUGGAUAAGGUUUAGGUUCAUUUUGCAACCAAUAUAGCCAUAGCUCAUUUUUAAUGAGAUACAAAUAAGAUGACUUCUUUCGGUUAUAGAAGGUGGUCCUCCACACAGUGUGCAGUUAUGCUGAGGAAUUCCUUACUACAAGAGUAGAUGUUAUGAGUUUGCAUGGGCUUAAAAAUUGGACAAAUUAAUGGGAAAAAAAUUAUGAGGAAUUACCAGAAACACCAUUUCUGGCACAGGAUGUCCCGAAACUGCAAAUUGUUGAAGGGUGGAAGGGUGUUCUGGAGAAGCCUUACUACGCCUUUUGUUAAUUUUUUAAAUACAUUUUCCAAGGGCAUUCACUGCUGAAAUGUUCUGAGACCAGUUCUUUGGUUAGCCAGACCUUUGGUCUGAUAUCUUACAUGUUUUUUAACAAGUGUAACUGAUACUUUUUCAAUUUAUAAUGUAUUCUAAAAAAUACAAAGCUGUACUCUUUGUACUUCAUUGUAGUUUCCAUUGUAACUUGGGAAGUUGAUGGAGAAAAUAGUCCUGGAAACUGUUUCCACACAUGUUGAAGUCAAAACAGCGAUUGGAAGUAGUUAGCGUUGAUUUAGAAAGGGAAAAUCAUGCUUUACUAACUGAUAGCCAUCUACAAUGAGACGUUUAGCUUGGUGGGUGAGGGGAGAGCAGUGGAUGUUGUUUAUCUCAACUUUGGUGAGGCUUUUUGCAUUAUGUUUGAUAACAUCCCACGGGGAAGCUGGCCAAGUAUGUGUUAGUUAAGUGCAUGGUGAGGCGGGUUGAAAACUGGCUGAAUGGCCAGUCCCAGAGGGUUGUGAUCAGCGGCAUACAGCCCAGUUGAAGGCAAAACACUAGAGCUCCAUAGGGUUUCCUGCUGGGGCCAGUACUGUUUAACAUCUUCAUUAACAACCUGUAUGAUGAGACAGAGUGCAGUCUACAGAAAUCUGCAGUCAUUACAAAACUGGGAGGAGUGGCUAAAACACUGGAUGGUUGUGCUGCUGUUCAGAGGGACCUAGACAGACUGGAGAAGGGCCAAGAGGAAUCUCAUGGAGUUCAACUAGGGGAACCGAUGUCCUUCUGUGAGCUGCCAGAAUUUUGGCUGCGUGUUUUAACAGAAAAAUGAGUUACAAAUAUCACAGUGUAUUCCUGGAUAUAGCUUUCAGGUGUGUCCAUUCUACAUGUAAGUCUUGAACUAUAACCAUAAACAGUAAAGAGGCUCAAAAGCUUUAUUUACAAAUGUUUAAGUAAUACAACAACUAUUUUCUGUUGGGUUUUUGACAGUCUGUACCUCCAAGGAAGCUUCCUCAAGAUCCUGUAUGACAUUCUAUGGAGUUAAAUAUGCCACAAGCAAGGUAGUUUACAUAGGGGACCUUUAUCCCCUAAACAGAGAGCUUGUCUAGCUGUGGUCACCAGUUCCAGAGACCAUGCAAAGACUGUAGAAGUACAGCAAUAAGGAGAGCAAGAUGUUUUCAUAUAAAACCUCACAGGAAAAACAAAUAUUCCAUCAGCAUGAAAAUUCAUCCAAUACGAAACUUAGGUUAUCACCCAGGUAAUGUCAUCUGUAUUGCAAAACAAAGCUGUUAAAAUUAUUAUCUGAGACAUUUUGGCAAACAGAUUUUUUUCUUUCCGAAACAUGCUGUUUAUGUCACUACAUUA